AUGAGUAAACGAUCGAAAAAAGAUCGCUCGCUGCCACCUGCAGCUCCACCGCUUGAACCAUUAAUGCCGUCAACCGUAUUAAAAAUUGGGGAAGCAUUUAUUGUACUGAGACGAGCAGCCAACGGAGAUGGCGUUAAAGAUGAACAGUGUCUGGCAACAAUAGUAGAAAUACGUGAAGGGGAACAUUUGAAUUCAAAGCCUAAUUCUACUUCAACUUUAUCAGCUCAUGAAAUGGAUAUUCGUUGUGUUUGCACAAAAUUGUUGAACGAAGUGUCUGGAGAAAAAGUUCCAGUAGAGGUGGAUAUUGCUACGAGGAAAGAACAGUGUAAAAUGUAUUAUGUUCACUACGAUGGUAUGGAUAGAAGACUGGAUGAGUGGGUUGAAAGGAGUCGAAUUAUAAAACGGGCAAAUGCAAAUGCCUGCACAUCUGUUUUGUCUGUACCUGCUUCUCUGGCAGGCACAUUAGAAAGCGGAACUUUGACUCGAAGUCAGCGGCGUAUACACGAAGAAUUCAACCAUGUGCAAAAAAGUUAUGAAGAUAUGGAUGCGACAACAGCGAAACUUGAAAAAGAGCAUGCUGAGAUGACAAAAGUGAAAAACAUCGAUAAAAUACGUUAUGGUGAUUAUGAGAUUGAUACAUGGUAUGUUUCACCAUAUCCAGAUGAAUAUAGCAAAGCGCCAAUACUUUAUAUAUGUGAAUAUUGUCUAGCUUAUAUGCUAACCGAAACAGAAUAUUGUUGUCAUGUGCUUCAUUAUUGCGAUCGACGACAGCCUCCUGGAGACGAAAUUUAUAGGGAUAAAAAUUUGUCCAUUUAUGAAGUAGAUGGCAAAGUAAAUAAGACUUAUUGCCAGUGUUUAUGCUUGCUGUCGAAGUUAUUUCUGGAUCACAAAACGUUGUUUUUUGAUGUCGAAACUUUCCUUUUUUAUGUUUUGUGUGAAGUAGAUCAGAUAGGGGCUCAUGUUGUUGGGCAUUUUUCUAAAGAGCGUCUCUCUGCUAAUAAUUUAGCGUGCAUAAUGGUUUUGCCUCCGUUUCAGCGUAAAGGCUACGGCAAAUUGCUUAUACAACUUAGUUACGAGUUAUCUAGUCGUGAAGGGAUGAUUGGAACACCUGAAAAACCGUUAUCAGAUUUAGGAAAAGUUAGUUAUCGCAGCUAUUGGUGGUGGGUAUUGUUAGAAGCGCUUGAUAAGUUAAAUAUCGAUGAUGUAACGGUUUCAGAUUUGAGUGCAGCUUCUGGUAUAGCUGAAGAUGAUAUAAUAUCGACUUUACAAACAAUGCAGUUAAUAAAGUACUGGAAGGGUGAUCACGUGGUACGAAUGACGAGGCGAUUAGUUGAACACUGCAAGUCGAUUAAUAUGGGGCGUCCACCAAAGUUACUCCUUGAUGCCAGUCUUUUGCGAUGGUGGCCAAGAAAGCGAUAUCAGUUUAACCAUCGUGAAAGAGAAUAA